AUCUCCAGGGUGGAGUCCGCGGCGUUCCCGCCCGGAGAGCCGCGCUCCGGUCACCCGAGGCCCGGUGCCCUCGCUCACCUCGCUGACUCCAUCCUACUUCCAUGCACCACCCCCAACCCCGCGUCCCGCGUCCCUCCGGACCUGGCCAGCCGUAACCCACUCCGCCCCACUUAGCGUGCUCAUUGGCCACCCAGGGCCUGCCCUGUCUCCAUAAAUACAUGGUCCCCGGGCAUGGAGCAUGGAGAGGGACAGGAGGAAAGCGCAGCGCCAGCAGCAUCUCUUCUACCUUCCUAGACACCUCCACUUCGCUACUCCAGAGCUGGAAGUCAGACUUGCAACCAGCAGGCGGACUCAUGUCCUUUCCUUUCCUCUUCCAAGAGCCACCCAACUCCCGGCUGCGCUCCUCCAGCCCCUGCGGCCAGUGCUAGGCGGGCAUCCGCUCCCUGAGGCUGCCGCGCGGUGCAGCGUCGAGCAUCCUCGCCGAGUUCCUUUCUGCCCUCUGUCCGUCUUCCGUCCUCUCCAUCACACCUGCUGCCCCUCUUUGCCUCCCUUCCGCAGAAUCGUCAAGGCCCCAGCUCUCGCCGGCGCCUCUUUAGCCACCUCGCCCUUCCCAGCCCCCGCACAUUCCCAAGCGCCCGGUCUCCCCCGCUGCCAUGAGCUCCCCCAUCGGCAAGAGCCGCUCCCUUGCCGCCUUCCUACAGGAGCUGCGCAGCCUGGGGCAGCCCCCCAGACCCGUGACAUCUACGGCGUGCGCGCCCCGUCGGCCGCGGGAGGUGCCCCUCUGCCCCAUGAUGGAACAGGGCGAGGCGCAAGACGCGGCCGCCCUGCCCGGUCCCACCAAGUGGCCACUGCUGGGCAGUCUGCUGGAGAUUCUCUGGAAAGGAGGGCUCAAGAAACAGCACGACACGCUGGCUGAGUACCACGAGAAAUAUGGCAAGAUUUUCCGCAUGAAGUUGGGUUCCUUCGACUCGGUGCACUUGGGCUCGCCGUGUCUGCUGGAAGCGCUCUACCGCACGGAGAGCGCGUACCCCCAGCGUCUGGAGAUCAAACCGUGGAAGGCCUAUCGCGACUAUCGCGAGGAGGGCUACGGACUGCUGAUCUUGGAAGGAGAAGACUGGCAGAGGGUCAGGAGUGCCUUUCAAAAGAAACUAAUGAAACCAGUGGAAAUUAUGAAGCUGGACAAUAAAAUCAAUGAGGUCUUGGCUGAUUUUACAGGUAGAAUAAGUGAGCUCUGUGAUGAGCGAGGCUGCAUUGAAGACUUGUACAGCGAGCUGAACAAAUGGUCAUUUGAAAGCAUCUGCCUUGUGCUAUAUGAGAAGAGAUUUGGGCUCCUUCAGAAGAAUGCAGGCGAUGAAGCUUUGAACUUCAUCAUGGCCAUCAAAACAAUGAUGAGCACAUUUGGGAGAAUGAUGGUCACGCCAGUCGAGCUGCACAAGAGCCUCAACACCAAGGUCUGGCAGGCGCACACUCUGGCCUGGGACACCAUUUUCAAAUCGGUCAAAUCUUGUGUCGACAACCGGUUAGAGAAAUAUUCUGAGCAGCCCAGUAUGGAUUUCAUUAGUGAUGUUUAUCACCACAAUCAGCUUUCAAAGAAAGAACUGUAUGCGGCUGUGACGGAGCUCCAGCUGGCUGCGGUGGAAACGACAGCAAACAGCUUAAUGUGGAUCCUCUUCAAUUUAUCUCGUAAUCCCCACGUGCAACAAAAGCUUCUUAAGGAACUUCAGAGUGUACUGCCUGAGAAUCAGAUGCCACGGGCAGAGGAUUUGAGGAAUAUGCCAUAUUUAAAAGCCUGUCUGAAAGAAUCUAUGCGGCUUACCCCGAGUGUGCCAUUUACAACUCGAACUCUUGACAAAGCAAUGGUUCUGGGGGAAUAUGCUUUACCGAAAGGAACAGUAUUGAUGCUAAAUACCCAUGUGUUGGGGUCCAAUGAAGAAAAUUUUGAAGAUUCAAGUCAGUUUAGACCCGAACGAUGGCUUCAAGACAAGAAAAAGAUCAACCCUUUUGCCCAUCUUCCAUUUGGCGUUGGGAAAAGAAUGUGCAUUGGUCGCCGAUUAGCCGAGCUCCAGCUGCACUUGGCUCUCUGCUGGAUCGUCCGCAAAUAUGACAUCGUGGCCACAGACAAGGAGCCUGUGGAGAUGCUGCACUUGGGCAUCCUGGUACCCAGCCGACAGCUCCCCGUUGCUUUCCACCAGAGAUAGGAGGCCUCAGAUUUUUUUUUUUUUACCAAGACCACGCACAGCAAUUUUUACCCUUUUGCAAGAAUGAGGCUUUGGACUUCUGCAUGACAGGAAAGCACACAUCAAAACCCUGAGCAUGAAACAGCAUGUAAAGAACAUUUAGUCCCAGGUGUUUAUACUCUUUCUUCUGUACAAUUGUUCUAGAAGCUGUACUGUCUGUGUAGCUGAUGGUAUUUAUUAAGAUGGUAUCUGGCUCAGGGAAAGCAGAUUGUUGGAAUGCCAGGCACUCUACAGGGUAUACCGCCUGCUUACACAUAACUUACAUGUAACUGACAUCAGCACCAUCCUGACUUACACAGAAUUGCUCAUCAUCCUGUUUUCUCUUGUAUAGGGCAGUUGGGCACUUAUCCGUUGGUCAGGUAAAAGUCACUAAAUGGGGCUUCCCUGGUGGCGCAGUGGUUGAGAGUCCGCCUGCCGAUGCAGGGGACACGGGUUCGUGCCCCGGUCCGGGAAGAUCCCACAUGCCGCGGAGCGCCUGGGCCCGUGAGCCAUGGCCGCUGAGCCUGCGCGUCCGGAGCCUGUGCUCCGCAACGGGAGAGGCCACAACAGUGAGAGGCCCGUGUAACGCAAAAUAAAUAAAUAAAUAAAGUCACUAAAUGUUUCUGUCCUAGCUUUACCAGAUUCACUGCUGGAAUCUUCACUUCUCAGAAGUUUACAUUUCACAAUGAAAGACCGACUAUAGCUAGAUUAUUGGGGGCCUGUGUAGUAUUGACGAUCCAUUUGUUGUAACUCCGUUUAAUAUAUUUGGGGAAAUACUGCUUAAUAAUAGAAGCAAAACUAAAUAUUGGUUAAAGUUACCAGGUCUCUAUGAAGCUGUUGUUUUUUUUUUCUUGUUUUGAAAUAGAAACAUUAUUGGAAAAUUAGAGAAAACCUCUAUGUUAAGAAGUACUUUAAUGAAGUCAAAACCACCUGUCUAAGAAUGCCUUAAUGAUUUACUGUGGCAUCAUUGUGUUAAAGGAUCCUGAAAUUAUUUAAUUAUGGCAUUGAGUCUAUUUAAUCUAUUAAGGACUGGAUCAGUAGUUUUUAAAUUGUGUGUGUGUGUGUGUGUGUGUGUGUGUGUAUUCAAAUGGCAAUUUGCUUACAUCACUUAAAAAUAUAUAUAUGAUAUUUGACUUAGAAGUUUAGGGCAAUGUUCUAAAGUUUAGUCAUGGCUUAAAAAUAUUCAUUGACUUUCCCUGCCUUAAUUUUCCCAGCUAUAGAUGGGUCAGUAGUAAAGUGUGCAUACAUUAUAGAUUAACUAGGUAAACCAUGUUAUGUGACUUGAACGCCUUGGGAAAAUAUGAUUUCAUAAAUGGAAAAGGCAUAUAGAUUUAAGCAAUACUUGUAAAACUGUUAAAAAUUGUGUUUACAUGUAGUUUAUUUGCACAGGUUUUUACUACUACUUUUCCUAAAAGCAUACUAUAUGUUUCUGUAUAUUUGAUAAAGAUUUCCCUUUUUAGGUUACAUUUUUAGACUAUUUCAGAAGUGUACAUUUAUAUCUUUAUUUUGAACAAAUAUGUGCACAUCACCAAAAUAAGUAUAUGCUUUCUCACUGCUGUGAAAUUCUUUUUAGAAUUACAAAUCCACAUGUGUUGUCAGAUUUCAUCUGUAUAUCUUCUUUGAAUUCUCUAAAAGAAUAAAAGUUUUCAAAUAUGUGA